AUGGAUGAUGUUCAACUACUUGUAUCUCGGUUGCGUGCACGUGAAGAGUCGGUCGAUGUAUUAAGACAACAGUUGUGCAAAUUACAAGCACAAUUAUUGAGUAUGCGACAGUGUCAAGAAGCAAUUCUAGAAUUUGAUGAAUUCUCUAAACGAGUCUCUAACCAACCAAAAGGUCCAUUGAUUAUUUGUCUUGCAGCUGAGAAUAAACAAUUAGAACAAUUGAAAAUUGAAAAUAAAACACUAAGAAAUUCUCUUGAUGAACAUCAAACGGCUAUAGAUAUGAUUAUGACUAAAUAUCGUGGACAAAUUUCCAAACUGAUGAGAACCUAUCAAGUAGAACAUCUUGUUCAGUCAGUUAUCAAUCCUGAUACUAACCAAAAUCGAUGCAUAAAAUCUUCAGGUCCGGAUCCGAAAACAGUUAAUGCACGUCCAACAAAUUCUAUGGAUUCACAAUCUGUAUCAAAAAAACCAAAUUCAAGUAAAGUUGACGAGAAAACAGAUAAUUUAACUCAAUCAUUAACUGAACAAAUUACAACUGUAGCUUCUAUUGUCCGUGAAGUUACUGAUCGUGGUGAUAUGUAUGCUGCAGAAUUAGAAGAAGAAUUACAUCGAUUAAGAUCUGAAAAUGCUGGUCUUCGAGAAAUGUUAAUGAUAUCAUCUGAUUGUUGUCCUGACACUAAUUCCAGUGAUUGUGUUCAUCUUCCACCGGUGACUUUACCAAAUAAAGACUCUAUACAAUAUGGAUCAUCUUCAUUAUCAAUUGGUCAAUCAGGUCGAUUUCAUUUUCUUGAUGAUGAUUCCAGUUCACUUCAUUUACCAGGUAUUGAUGAAUGCUUGAGUAGUGUGAAUAUCAAUGGAAAUUCAUUUUUACACAAUAUUUCUAAUGUUUCUGAUGAGAAUAGCAAUAGUGAUACCAUCAGCGGUAAUCAUUCCGAUGAAGAUAGUGAUGAAGAUGAUACUACAGUGUAUGAUGUGGCUGUCAAACAAAUGGCCAACUCUUCAUAA